AUGCCAGAAUUCGAGGUCGACUCGGAGACGGCACUGUGCGGAUCAGGGCAGGAAGAUGAUGAUGAUAGUUGGAAUGCAGGCUUCAAUGCGAAAACCUGUGAGUCGAUCUACACUACGCGCGAACGUCGCUCCCUUGGCGGCCUGGCCGUCGUCCAGUUUCAUAUUUACUCGGCCGCUCGGAUAUCGUUAAAUCCAGCCGGGGCAACGGAAUUAGAUCAAAGAUUCGGCGUCGUCGACGGACGCGUU